GUGAUCCGGGUAAAGGUGGUAAAAUGCCCGUCCCAAUCCCUCUCCUCCGGUUCUCCAUCUCAAGAGGCACAAACAAGAGCAAACUCAGUGCCCAACAGCCCCUCGCCGGACUCUCUCCCACAGAGAGGAACUCGGCCCCAAGCCCCGGAGACCCGCGCAGGCCGCCUCCGGAGGAGCCCCCGCAGACGCCAUACUAAAAGCCAAAAUGGCUGCCCGAAGGAAGCCCGCACCGCGCAGCUAGUGAGAGCUGGGUAACAAGCUUCUGCGGGAAGGGGGGAGGGGGGCUAGAGGAAGAGCCGUCGCCAGGACCAUCGCCCCCUCGAGCCGCACAGGUUCUGGUUACAGCUACCCCUCGCCAUAACUUUUGAACUAUAUUUGGAAAAAUACUGGCCAGAAAAAAAAAAUGAUAAAAUUUUUCCUCAUGGUGAAUAAACAAGGGCAGACCCGACUUUCUAAGUACUAUGAACAUGUGGAGAUUAAUAAGCGUACGCUUCUGGAAACAGAAGUCAUAAAGAGCUGUCUCUCUCGAUCCAAUGAACAAUGCUCUUUCAUUGAAUAUAAGGAUUUUAAGCUGAUAUAUCGGCAGUAUGCAGCUCUCUUCAUUGUGGUCGGAGUUAAUGACACUGAGAAUGAGAUGGCAAUUUAUGAAUUCAUCCAUAACUUCGUGGAAGUUUUAGACGACUACUUCAGCCGAGUGAGUGAAUUAGAUGUAUCCUUUUUCAGUGCUGUGAACCAAGUUUUCCAUAGUGCUUGGCAAAGAACAGGCUAGUCUUGAUCAGAAUAUGAAUGGAUCUUUCAGGAAAACCUACUUAACAACAACAAUAAAAAAACACUCCUUGGGGCUUCCCUGGUGGCGCAGUGGUUGAGAAUCUGCCUGCCAAUACAGGGAACACGGGUUCGAGCCCUGGUCUGGGAAGAUCCCACAUGCCACGGAGCAACUAGGCCCGUAAGCCACAACUACUGAGCCUGUGCUCCGCAACAAGAGAGGCCGCCAUAGUGAAGAGGCCCGUGCACCGCGAUGAAGAGUGGCCCCCGCUCGCCGCAACUGGUGAAAGCCCUCGCACAGAAACGAAGACCCAACACGGCCAAAAAUAAAUAUAAAAAUAAAUGAAUAACUAAAAGAUUACUAUUAAUAAACAAAAAAACAACAAAAAAAACCCCACUCCUUUUCAGUGACCUAAUUAACUAAAGGCCAUACUAAGCCUAAAAGUGAACACAAGACUAUUACAAGGAGAGUAUAUCCAGAACUAUGCAGAAUCUUCAUGAUAAUCUUCCAUACAGUAGCAUGUGAUUUUCAGUGGGAAAUGUGAACACAUUGGCCCUUUGCAACUUAUCUAACUCCAUGGGCAAUUGAGUUAAAGUAUAAAAAAAAAAGAGAACACGCUUUUUCCCCACCGUACUUAAAGAACUUUUUUUUUUUCUUUCUCUUUCUUUCUUUCUCUCUCUCUCUCUCUCUCUCUCACUACGUUGGGUCUUCGUUGCUGUGUGCGAGCUUUCUCUAGUUGGGGCGAGCGGGGGCUACUCUUCGUUGUGGAGCACGGGUUCUAGGCACGUAGGCUUCAGUAGUUGUGGCUCUCAGGCUCUAGAGUACAGGCUCAGUAGUUGUGGCGCACAGGCUUAGAUGCUCCAUGGCGUGUGGGAUCUUUCCCGGCCAAGGAUCGAACCUGUCCUGUGUCCCCUGCAUUGGCAGGUGGAUUCUUAACUACUGCACCACCAGGGAAGUCCGAGCUAGAAUCUUAAAAAAAAAAAAAAAUAAAAGAAAUCAGUAAGAAGACAAGGGAUCUGAGGCCAAAAUCUAGAAUUAGAAAGUUUAGUUUCUAGGCUGGGCUCUUCCUUGGAAUUGCUUUUGAGGUCCCAUUAGAAUGUAUGCUGCUCAAUUAUCUCUUAUUAAAGGAGAACUAGACCACCACAGUGGUGUUAAAAUACCAUGAUGAAAAAGUGCUUUAUGAUCCAGAGAUCAAAAUUCCAAUGUAUGAACCAGAAACAUUUCAAUCACUCUAAUUAAAAAAUUGAUUUCAAGUGGCACUAAUAUUACUGAGGUCCUACGCUAUUCAGCUCCAAUCCACAUUACAUAGAAAUUCAGAAAGGCUCUGGGUUUCCGGGUUGGGAGAAAGUGGGGCUUUAUGAAUCUGUUCUUUAAGAGGCUCUUUCUAGUUCAUAUCAGCUCCAACCUUAGGGUGCCCAUGAAGGUAAACAAGUUUCCUCAAGGAUCUUUAAGUCAGUUGAAUUCAGUAAAACCUAAGGUUGGACCCUCUUAAACUAGUCAUUCUCAGCUCAUCACCUUAAUAGACCAACAGCGUGUGCCUUUCUUGCUUCCUCCUAUUCCAAAUGUCAGGGCUAAAGUGUGUUUGCCUCUGCUUAUUGCCACGGGACUUGGCAUAUAGGGCAUUUUUUGGUCCCUGCUCACCUGGCUUGUAGCCCAAAUGCCAUUACUCUUGGCUUUUCCAGUGUGCACAAGUAACUCAUUAACCAAAUCAAGAUGUGAACAACAGCUGGAUUCUUAUUUUCAAGGAGCCACAUGAUUCCAAGGGGAAAUCAGUUUUCAGGCUUUUGCCUCACAUUGGAUUUGGUCUGUGGUUUCCCUUUAUAGUGCCAGAAAGUUGCAUGAUUAUUAGAGGUUUCAGCCAGAUACUCAAGAUAGACAGGCAGUCACAUGCCCACAGUACCAAAUGCCCUCACUGAGCAAUUCAUGUUUCCAGGAUGUUGGGAAAUUCAGACUUGCUGAAGGACCUUGUCCUUGCAUUGUGAGGAUGUCAGUGGUUGUUAUGAUUCAGCAGUAAAUUCUAAUCUGAAUUGCAAAACAUUGAGCUAGUUGUUCAAGGGGACAUCUGAAUUGCUGACCAUAUUCUUGCCAAAGAUGGAGCAGUCUUCAGAGCAGCUUGAUCCCUGCAUCAAUUCAAAUAGAAUAGAUUAAAAUGAGAUCUCCUUCUACCUCAGAAUCACCCUGGAUGGGUUGACAUUUUCAAAGGCACUAGGCUUUAAACAACAAGGUCCUAUUGUAUAGCACAGAGAACUAUAUUCAAUAUCCUAUGAUAAACCAUAAUGGAAAAGAAUAUUUUAAAACAGAAUGUAUAUAUAUGUGUAUAACUGAAUCACUUUGCUGUACAGCACUAAUUCCCACAACACUGUAAAUCAACUAUACUUAAAACAAAAAACCUUGACACCAAAAAAAAAAAAAAAAAAAAAAGGCACUAGGCUUUCAUUGCCCUUAGUGAAUACAACAGGGGGAUUCUACAGGGCAUUUUUUUAAUGCAGUCACCUGUGCUUCCCAGCUCUGCCUUCCUUUAUACCUGGCUGUCAUUCCUACCAUGUUCUGGCUUCUGGGUCUGGUGAAGAGGAUUAAGUCAAGCGCCUAAUAUUCCAGUCCCAAUUUGGCCAUGGACAAAGCAAUCAUCCAUCUAAUUGGAAGAUAUUAUUAAUAGGUAUAACAGAGUAAAGCUUUUUUUUUUU